CCAAUUUCCUGCAGAAGCAAAACUGGAAAACUGGACCUGUAAGAGGUCCAGCAGCAUUUCCAGCCCAAAGGCAUGGAGAUAAAUUCUGAAAUUUUACCAAAAUGAUCUACACUCAUGGUAGAUCAUUUCAUAUGAAGAAGUCACGAGCCAAAACUGAAUUCCUGUUGGAGAAAUAAUUGAAGGAAUAAAAGGGCAGAAACUGACCUAAAACAGCUCAACACCACAUGUUCAAGUUUCCUACCCACAUGAAGAAAGCUAGAUGCUUUUCUCUUUUUCCUUGGAUAUAUUUUUCUGCUCCAAUAGAUCAUCAUCACUUCCAUACUUCUGCACCUUCAUGCCUUGCUUUCAUUUCAUCAUUACUCCAUCUUUUCCAUAUUUUACAAACCACUUUCAUUAUUUUUCUUCCAUUUAUCAUUUCACUCUUCUUUUUCUUCCCUAUAUAAACACCUUCUCCUCUCACUCUAAGUACAUUCUUUCAUCCAUUUCAUCUUCUUUGUCUCUCCAUUUCCAUUCCAUUUUUCUCUCCAUUCUCUAGUUGCAAAAUUCUGCGUUUUCAAGUAAGAAGAAGAAGAAGAAGAAGAAGAAGAAGGAGCCGAGAAUAUCAUAUCCUCCAUCGUCCACCUUGAAGGCUUGCUUCCAAGAUUCAAGAUUUCAACGUUUCAAGCACUCCAUCUCCAUCUCCAACUCACGGUGUGUACCCUCAAUCCCCGGAAUAGAACGAUCCCUAUUUGCUUAUACUACUAACGAUGUUUUCAGGGUUAAAUUAUGCGCUUGCUUUGAGCGUAUCAGUUACAGAACCAGCCAAGCAAGGGUAACGCCCUAGCAAGAUAGACACAUUCACAUUCAACAACAACAUCUCUAAGAUGAUCUAAGUUCUCUCUAGAGCAAACCUCUCUAAGAGCAACUCCUCUCCUUCUCUUUCUCUUACUGGUGAUCACACUCCUAGUCCUAGUCUUCUCAGAAGCCGACUUUCAGUGCCACCAAACCCUCUGUCAACGUGCUUCGAUCCUAGUCUCCUCGGGAGCCGACGGUAGUGCCGCGACCACAACGGUUACAGAACCAGCCAAGCAAGGGUAACGCCCUAGCAACCCAGCCAAGCUAAAGUCACGCUUUAGCAAGAUCUCAAUACUUCCCGGUGAUUUCGCUCUGCUCAAUCUGCAAUAUUGAGUAUCGACUUGUGAACAAGAAGAAACUUCAGCAAAGUCCUCACCACGAGGCACAAAGAAUCCCACGACGAGGUUGGUGCUCUCCUCGUCUACAAUCGCUUGAUAGAAGUCAGGUCAAGGGACACCCCCGACGACCGCACCCGAACGGUGCUGGCACGCCCGCGCAAGAAAAGAGACUGUUGACCAGCUGCAGCAAAAUUGGAGCCAAACAAUAACAGUGUUUUGACACAAGUUCAAGAGGUGCCUUCCCUUCUUGUGGAAGGUGUUAUUUCUGAAAAUUAAGGGAUCCCUCCCUACCUUAUCUUCAUCUUCCAAUGUUUAAAAUUUUAUGUUGGAAUGUGCGAGGUGCUGGGGGUAAGAAGUUUAAAUCAUCUAUUCCUGAUCUUGUCCAUUUAUAUAAGGUUGAUAUUUUAAUUAUCUGCGAGCCUAGAGUUCCUUUCUCUAGAGUUAAAAAUUUUAUUCGAAGACAAGGGUUUCCUGAUGCUGAAGUGUCUGAAGCAGUGGGUUUUUCUGGAGGAGUUUGGGUUUUAUUCGAUAGGAAUAAAAUGAAUGUGGAGUUUGUUGAUAGUAAUUCUCAGUCUGUCACUCUUAAAGUUUCUGUUGGUGGUACUCAGGAAUGGUUCCUUUCAGCUAUUUAUGCUAGUCCUACAACCUCUAUGAGAUGCCAACUAUGGAAUUAUCUAUCUGCCUUUGCUAUUCGAUGUCAGCUUCCUUGGUUAAUUAUUGGGGAUUUCAAUGAAUAAUAUUGUAGUGCAGAUAAAAAUGGGGGCUCAAUGGCUGGAAAAAUUGGUGGGAUGAAGAGGUGGAUUGAUCAAUAUGGUUUGAUUGAUCUGGGGUUUCAUGGAUCUGCUUUCACUUGGACUAAUAAGAGGGUUAAAGAACGACUUGAUAGAGGGUUUUGUAAUGAUUUAUGGAAACUUGCCUUCCUUGAAGCUUUUAUUCAACAUUUACCACGUAUGAAGUCUGAUCAUUGCCCUCUUUUUCUACAGUCUAAUUCUUCUGUCAUUACCACUGGUGCGAAUAGGCCGUUUCGUUUCCAGGCGAUGUGGAUGGGACACAUUAGUUAUAAUCAGUUUGUUCAUGAUCAGUGGAAAAGCUAUAAUGGUACCCUGCAAAAUAAAGUUGUUCAACUUGCCUGUGAUCUCAACGAGUGGAACUCCACUGUGUUUGGUAAUCUUUUUAAGAAGAAAAGAAAACUGCUGGCUCGUAUUGCUGGGAUUCAGAAAUGUACGGAUAGGAAUUCUAAUUCUUUUCUUAUUAAUCUUGAGCAACAACUUAUCCAGGAGUAUGAAGCUGUGCGGGACCAGGAAACUUUAUAUUGGCAACAAAAGUCCAGAGUGAAAUGGCUACAGAACGGGGAUAAAAACACCAAAUUUUUUCAUAUGUCAACCAUGGUUCGAAGAAGGAAAAACAGAAUUGAGGCUCUUCUUGACAAUGAUGGAGUUUUAUGUAGUGAAAUAAAUGGUAUGAAAGCUAUUGCAGUUGAGUAUUUUGCGAAUUUAUUUUCUUAUGAUUCUACUGAUGAUGUGAGAUUCAUUAUUCCUUAUCUAUUUCCUACUCUGGAUAAUUGUGAUUUGAGGAAGAUGAGUAGAUGCAUUUCCAGGGAUGAGGUUAUACGUACAGGCGUGGAAUAACGGGAGAUGAAAUCAAAAAUUGAGGUUAUCUAUCCAUUCCUUAUAAGUAAACCUCAGCUUAUGGAAUCAAAAAUUGAUUCUAUAAUUGAAUGUGUACUGUAUUAUACGUACAAAAAAACUAUAUAUAAGACGUGAUUGGAUUUCGAGCCA